UAACACAUAUCAAUUGGACAUGUUGAAGAAUUAAUAGUAUUGAUUGAUAACAACAGAAGCUUUCUAUUUAAAAAGGUAAAAGAAUACUCCGCAGCCAGGCUUCGAACCCGGAUUUCAACAAUUGAAAUUAACCUGUGUGCUACUGCGGAUUUGUUUGUUAUACCUCCGAUCAACUAUUAUUUAUUAUCAUUCUACUUUCUAUAUUUUAACAAAAUAGUAUUUUCUCUACCUCUCACAUGUUUCUACUAUUUAUUUUAUUUUGAUUAAGACAAGAUCAACAUAUCUCAUAAUCGUAAUAUGUUAUCCCAAGUUAUUACCAUGAAAAUUCAUCAAUAAGAAAGAACAUAUUGCAUGCGUCAAACUGAGGAGGUCAGAUUGCAUUCGUCAUGCUGAGGAGUGAGGUCUCAAUAAUAGAGCUGAGUGGUAGGUUGUGUGGCUGCAGCAUAAUACACAUAAAUAAAUGUUGUUUCGAAAGAUAUAUAUCGUAUUACCAUUGGCUUUCCCUUCUUCACCGUUAGAUUCCAUCUUUCGAAGAUAAGAUCAACCAAAACGAUUAUAGUACCGUCAAUUAUUGUCACUAAAGUGAUUCGAACGUGAGAAGUUAUUGUUUUUUUCAUUGGUUGAUACAUUUAACUAUGCCAGUGCAUUGUCAUUUUACAAUUAAAAGCACCAUUGAAAAUGAGAGUAGAGGCAAAAAGAAAAGAUGCUGCUUCGUUCCUGACUAUAAUUACCCACUUUUAGUUCAUUUUAUGUAUGAGCACCUUUAACACCAAAGAGUCCAACAAGACAACAAGAACAAAAUCAUGAGUGACCCAAGCGGCCAAUCUUCAACAACAACUGUCGGUGGAGAUGGCGGUGGUGGUAAUAGUGGCGGCAGCGGUGGAAGCGGUAGCUCGUUUGCUAGUCAGCCGCAGAGAGCAAAGGUGAGGAAGCAAGUGUGGGCUGGAGUUCUCAGUAUCUCUUCCGCCUCCUCUAACAAAUAAUAUUCUCUUUCGGCAAAAAUUGCUGGUGGUAUUUGUAAUGCUUUUGAUCAUUGUUCUUGUUAACUUAACUGUGUAUAAAUAAGCUAGCGAGGUCAUGACCAUCAUCAUAACUGUAAUGAGAUGUUGAAUAUAUAAUUCUGCUUUCAACU